AUGCUUUCGCCGAUAAUUCCACCAUUUCGUUAUGCGACUGUUGAGGAUAAAAUUUAUCGUGGUGCAUAUCCAAAAGAUAGGAAUUACCGUUUUUUAAAAAGAUUAAAAUUAAAAACAAUUCUUUCAUUAAUACCAGAACAGCCAAUUCCUGACCUCUUGGAGUUUUGUCGAUCUCAAAAUAUUCGUAACAUGCAUUUACAAGUCGGCAGAUUUAAAGAUAAUGUGACAUUAAAUGGUGCCAAUGUAACAGGUUUAGUCAUUGCAUGUUUAAGGAAAUUACAAAUGUGGAGUGUUUCUUCUGCUAUGGGAGAAUUUUUAAGAUAUCUUCGUGGUGGAGUAAUAUCAGGUGAAGAAAGUGAAUUCAUUGAAAAAUUUUCAGCCGAAAUUGAGAUACCACGUACAAUUCCUUCAUGGCUAUGGGGUGGUCAUGUAACAUUUGCAAAACAUCCAACAUUAAAGCUAAAGUUUUUGGAUCCUACUAUGAUUGAGCAACCAGAACAAAAACAAUCCAAAAAAAAAAAAGGCGUUGAAUCAAUUGAUGAUAAAAAUGAUUUCAGAAAAAGAGAUGAUGCUAAUGCAAACGAAGAUGAAGAAGCAGAAGUAUCUAUGACACUACAGGCUUUGGCCUUGGAGGGUCUAAACAUUAAGAAUCGAUAG